GUCUCCCUCUCUCGUUUUGUUCCGCACACAUGCCGGAACCGCUGUGGAAUCUAAUCCUAACCAGGCCAUUUGAGGAUUUUCCGGCGCUUUCUCCGUCUUUCCCGGGAUUCUAGAAUAUCAGGAAAGCAAUGGAGAUAGCAGCUGACUCGGUCAUAGUCAAUUCCAGUAGACUGAAAUCUGUUGUGUGGAAUGAUUUUGAUAGGGUCAGGAAAGGUGACACUUUUAUAGCUAUCUGUAGGCACUGUAAUAGGAAACUUAGCGGGUCAAGCACUAGUGGAACUUCACAUCUGAGGAAUCACUUGAUAAGAUGUAGAAGAGGAUCUAACCAAGACAUAAGUCAGUAUAUCACAAGGGGCAAAAGAAAGGAAACCACUCUCACUAUUGCAGAUUUCACUUUUGAUCACAGAAAUGACAAGUCAGUUACCAUUGUGAGAACUAAUAGUCUAGAUCAUGGCAAGGAAGGGGGCAAUGUCGGAAGCUUUAAUUUCGAUAACAGACAAAGUCGGCUAGAUCUUGCCCGCAUGAUCAUAUUACACGGUUACCCUUUAGCUAUGGUUGAGCACACUGGAUUCAGGAGGUUUGCUAAAAAUCUCCAACCCUUAUUUGACAUUCCAACGUUUGAUGGGGUGGAGGCUGAUUGUAAGGAAAUUUAUUUGAAGGUGAAACAAAAGGUGUAUGAGGAGUUGGAUAAGGUACCGAGUAUAAGCCUAACUGCUGAUACAUGGACUGCUAAUGGAGAUGCCGAAUACUUGUGCUUAACCGCUCAUUACAUUGAUGAUUCUUGGCAACUGAAGAAGAAGAUUCUGAACUUUUUAAUGAUUGAUCCUUCUCAAACAGAAGACGUUGUUUCAGAAAUUAUCAUGACAAGUCUGAGGAAUUGGGAUAUUGACAAAAAAUUGUUUUCGGUGACACUGGAUUGCUAUUCUUUAUAUGACAAAAUCAUUCCAAGAAUCAGGGAGCAACUCUGUCAGCACAGGUUUCUCUACGACGGGCAAUUAAUUGAUAUACGCUGUGCAGCAAGUUUGGUCAAGUUGAUGGCUAAAGAUGCUUUGGAGAAGUUAUUUGAGAUAGUCCACAAGAUUCGUGAAAGUAUUCAGUAUGUUCACCAGUCACAGUCAACACAAGAAAAGUUUGACGAGAUGGCUCAAGUGGCUGGAAUUAGUAGCCAGAAAAUCCUGUGUCUUGAUAAUAUGAACCAGUGGAGUUCUACGUACACCAUGCUUGAAGCUUGUUUAGAAUACAAAGAUGCGUUUACCCUUUUACAAGAACAUGACCCUCAUUAUGAGGCAUGCCCAUCUACUGCAGAGUGGGACAGGGCUAAUUCUAUCACUUGUUUUCUCAAGAAAUUUUUUGACAUUUCAAACACUAUUUCAGGAUCCAAGUAUUCCACUGCAAAUAUGUAUUUCAAUGAAAUUUGUGAUAUUCAUUUGCUGUUGAUUGGAUGGUGCCAGAACUCGGACGAUUUCAUUCGUUCUUUGGCAUUAAAAAUGAAAACCAGAUUUGAUGAGUAUUGGAACAAGUGCAGUAUGGCAUUGGCAAUCGCAGUAAUCUUAGAUCCACGGUUCAAGAUGAAACUUCUCGACUACUUUUACCCUCAAAUUUAUGGUGCUGAGUCCGCAAAAUGCAUUGAUACUGUUUCAAACUGCAUGAAGGCUUUGUACCAUAGACAUGCAGAAGAAUAUUCACCACUAGCAUCUCAUGGUCCAAGUGAUGAUUCUAGAGAAGACCGGCUGAUGGGUUAUGAUAGAUUCCUAUGUGAAACUUCAGAUAGUCAUAACAUAAAAUCAGACUUGGACAAGUAUUUAGAUGAACCACUGUUUCCUAGGAAUGUUGAUUUCGACAUACUUAAUUGGUGGAGGGUUCACACCCCAAGAUUUCCAAUUUUAUCUACGAUGGCUUGCAAUGUUCUUGGGAUUCCAUUGUCAAAAGGUGGACUUGAGUUUAUAUAUGAUACUGGAAGCAGAACCCUUGACAGCUCUAGGGGUUCGCUAAGAUCUGAUACUUUGCAGGCAUUGAUGUGUGCCCAGGACUGGAUGCGCCAUGAACAUGAAGAUUCCAAGGAUUCAUCAAGAGAUGCAACUUCUGCUGAUCCAAAAUAAUGGCAAGAUUUCAGUCUGGUUUUUGUGAUUAAAUUCAAGGAGGGGGUGGUUGGAGCUCUUCCUCCAAUCCCCCACCAAGGUUCGAAACCCGGCCCCCCCAAAAAAACAAUGACAUUCAGUUAGAACCAUAUGUGCAUACAAGUAUUUUGUGGAGGUUUGUGACUCUCUUUUAUAUUCUUUCAAUAUGAACUGUGGAAUGUGCCCAUUUUGCAUCCCAUAUUGGUCAAAGGUUAAAAUUUUAACCCCAACUUGUCAUGGUAAAUAGAGAAAUCACCCUAAAUAAAGGAGUGAAACAUAGAGAAAGUAUCAAAAUAAGAUCUCCAUGUUUUUAUCCUCAAAAUUAAGAGUUCGUGUGGUG